CGCGUGUACUUCAGGUAGCAGGCGUUGGCUACCUACGCUACUUCCACCUUUUCCCCCUUGCGACCACUUUCUUUCCCCUCCUCUGGCGGCCGUCUCCUCAUGGGUCAAACGCACUCAGACCGAGCAGGCCGAGGGAAGGCGCGGCUGUGGGUCGUGAUUGGGCCGCCGCCUCAUCAACCCCCGUCACAUCAUGCGCCCGAAAGCGCACCGCCCAAUCAUGAUAUCCUGGACGACGUGUACAAUGCCACGCUCGGCUUCCAAAAGAUCUUCGUCGUCAGCAUGCCCUACCGCACCGACCGCCGCGAUGCCAUGUCCCUAGCAGCCGCUUUUUCGAAUUUGGAGGUCGAGUACGCCGACGGCAUAGCUGUCGCGGAGGAGAAUUUCGACGCCAUGAAGAAGCUCCUUCCCCCAGGAGGCUACGGGCAGGAUUGGAAGGUGUCGGGCUUGGGCGCAUGGCGGGCACACAUGAAUGUGAUUAGGAAGAUCGUUGAGCAGAACCUCACUUCUGCGCUGAUCAUGGAGGAUGACGUGGAUUGGGACAUACGCAUCAAGUCGCAAAUGCGAGACUUUGCGCGAGCCACGCAGAUGCUUGUACAGCCUCUGGCUGGCUCAACGAAUCGCUUCCUUGACCCUACCUACCCCAGCCCUUCUUGGGGCCAAACGCCGUCCAAUUUCGAUCUGAGCUCCGGGCUCACCACGGAGCCAACGACAUCUCCGUACGGUGACGCAUCGCAGUGGGACCUCUUAUGGCUCGGGCACUGUGGUACCGUCUUCCCAACCGAAGCUGGCAGGAGCACACCGCUUGGCCGGGUCGUGAUAUCGAACGAUGACACGGUGCCGGAGCCGCAGCAUAUCAACAUGCAAGCCGCAAAUAAAGAUCUGAUGGAGCAAUAUCCCCCGCACACCCGAGUAGUGUCACGGACGAGGCGCAACCUGUGUAGCUCGGCGUACGCCAUCUCACGCGCUGGCGCACGUCGCCUCCUGUGGGAAAUGGGCGUGCAUCAGCAGGACAGCGGCGCAAUGGACAUCAUGCUCGCUCGUAUUUGUGACGGGGAGAAGGGGCGGAAGAUGGCCACGUGCUUGACACUUCAGCCCCCGUACUUCAACCAUCAUCGUCCAAUCGGAAGGAAGUCGACAUUCUCCGACAUCGAUCCAUGGGGCGACGAGAUGAAUGAGGUCGCUUUCACGCACAAUGUUCGCUGGAGUACGCGAUUGAACUUUGGCAAGCUCGCGGUCGGCGAAACAGACUGGAUUGACUCUUACAAAGACGGCAAAGAUUGACUGCCCUGAGCGAUCAGUACCUCAUGUCACCGCUGGAAGGGCGUGUUCGUGCCAAAACAUCGGGAAGCCUGAUGGAGCGUAAUGCGAAGAAUACUCAUGGCCGGACAAAAGGGAGUUGGGAGAGCGCCAACCCCCCCUUCGUGCGAGACGGAGAAGGAGACCCCUCCACGCAUGUGGUUGACAGCAUGUCAGCCAGUCGAACGGAUUGCCAGCGCUGCCAUGUUUGGAGGCAACUUGCCGCGUGAAAGAGAGCGCGAUGGAGAACAGCACGAU